AUGGCCUACUCCAGCGCGCGGAGAGGUGUCAAUGUGACCCAAUAUCUCCGUGAAUUGAACCAAGAUGGCGGCGUGGUAGAGGAGACGCUCAUCACGGAUGAAGACCUCGCCAAGGACCUUGCGCUCUUUACCAACACUCAGUUCUUCGACUUUGAGACUGGCCAGAACACCGACUACCAGGCGCCACCUGUCAAGCCCGACACAUUACAAACAUCACCAACCGAGGAGUUGACGUCGGCCGACUCUAUCAUGGGUGACUUUGGCUUUUCUGAUUUUUCCAUCCCAGGCGACUACAGCUUCGGUGAUUUUGGCAGCAACUACACCUCGCCCACGGUCCCGGCCUUCCCAGACAACCUAGGCAACCUGCAGCCCAUCCAGCCCACCCCCCAAUCCUCCUAUGCCCCGCCAGUCCCCCAGCAGCACCAGCCAGGGUAUGUUCACACUGUAGCAGCUCCCGUUAUCGGGGGCGAGAAGCGCAAGGCCACUGAACAGCUUAGUCCCCCGAACCGCAUCCUGAGCUUCGAAGACGCGUCGCGCAUGGCCGCUGAGGAGGACAAAAGGAGACGCAACACGGCCGCCAGCGCACGCUUCCGCAUCAAGAAGAAGCAGAGGGAGCAGGCCCUCGAAAAGUCGGCCAAGGAGAUGACGGAGAAGGUUACCAUGCUGGAAGGACGCAUCUCUGCCCUCGAGACGGAGAACAAGUGGCUCAAGUCGCUCGUGACGGAGAAACACGGCGACAAGCAGGACAUUCUCGAGAAGUUCUUCAAGGAGUUUGCGGCCAGGGAAGCCAAGAAAGGAUCGUCGUCUUCGGGUAUCAAGGACAGCAUCAGCGCUGCCAGCUCCACCACCGCCGUUGACGACUCGGACAAGUCGCCCGCCAAGAGGAAGGAUUGA